GAAGGGGGAAGGCGACAGACGCGCGUUCCCGGGCUCGUGACCGCCGGCGGCCCGGGGAAUCUGCGCCCUCACACUCUUGCAGAGAUGGCAGGCGGUGGCGGCCGGCGCGUUGUGGGCACCCUCCACCUGCUGCUGCUGGCGACCGUCCUGUCCCUGAUAGCCGGGAGUGGGAGCCCUGACACCACCGCCUGGACUCAGGAGAAGAACCGCCAUCAACCAGUUCAUCUGAAUUCUUCAUCUCUUCGGCAAGUUGCAGAAGGCACCAGUAUUUCUGAAAUGUGGCAAAACGACUUGAGGCCUCUGCUGAUAGAACGCUAUCCGGGAUCUCCUGGAAGCUACUCUGCCCGUCAGCACAUCCUGCAGCGAAUUCGGAGGCUUCAGGCUGAGUGGGUCGUGGAAGUGGAUACCUUCCUGAGUCAGACACCCUACGGGUCCCGGUCCUUCUCAAAUAUCAUCAGCACUCUUAACCCAGAAGCUAAACGACACUUGGUCCUUGCCUGCCACUAUGACUCCAAAUAUUUACCUCAGUGGGGCAGCAGAGUGUUUGUGGGAGCCACCGAUUCAGCUGUGCCGUGCGCAAUGAUGUUGGAACUAGCUCGUGCCCUAGACAAGAAACUCCGUUCCUUGAAGGAUGUCUCUGGUUCCAAGCCAGAUCUCUCGCUUCGAUUAAUUUUCUUUGAUGGAGAAGAGGCUUUUCUUCACUGGUCUCCUCGAGAUUCUCUGUAUGGAUCUCGGCACUUAGCCCAGAAGAUGGCAUCAACCCCACACCCUCCUGGUUCGAGAGGCACCAACCAACUGGAUGGCAUGGAUCUGUUGGUCUUACUAGAUUUAAUUGGAGCUGCAAGCCCAACAUUUCCCAAUUUUUUCCCUAGGACUACCAGAUGGUUUAGUAGACUCCAAGCAAUUGAACAAGAACUCUAUGAAUUGGGUUUGCUCAAGGAUCAUUCUUUGGAGAGGAGGUAUUUCCAGAAUUUUGGUUACGGAAAUAUUAUCCAGGAUGACCAUAUUCCAUUUUUAAGAAAAGGUGUUCCGGUUCUUCAUCUGAUAGCUUCUCCCUUCCCUGAAGUCUGGCACACUAUGGACGACAAUGAAGAAAAUCUGGAUGAGUCAACCAUUGACAAUCUAAACAAAAUUAUUCAGGUCUUUGUGUUGGAAUAUCUUCACUUGUAAUAUUUGAAUUUAGAUUGUUGGUAGUUGCUUCUGUAUCAAAUUCAAAAGUCAAGGUGUUGUUUAAACAGUCUGAUUCCAGGUAAAUGUUGUAUGUAAAACUUCCCUCCUAUAGAUUCAUUCUGUAGGUGUUUUUGAUUCCAGGUAAAUGUUGUAUGUAAAACUUCCCUCCUAUAGAUUCUUUCUGUAGGUGUUUUUGAAUGUGUGAUCAUGUUCAAAACCACAGAACCAUAGAAUUCUAUGAUGCCUUUAAUUGCUCAUUUGUUUUCAUCUGGAGACAAGAAAGGAACACGUAAGGAAAUAAAAAAUAAAUAACUUUUGAUACUCUUUUAGAUGAAAACUUUAAAGUGAUAUUAGAUUCACUUAUCAAUACCAUAGAUUUUUAAACAGUACUUAAAUAUGAUAAUGGUGUGCAACAGACAGCUGUAGUUUUAUAUGUUAUUUUAUGUUAUUCAGUGUCUUAUACAAUGUGUUAUGGAACACGAUGCAGACAUGUAUUUUGACAGCCCUUAAAUUUCUUCAAGAAUGCUUUAUGGAGUUUAUUUCUUGGAAAUUAAAGUCUGAAUUAAAUGUCA